UUUUGGGUCUUUUUUUUUUUUUUUUUUUUUUUUUUUUUUUUUUUUUCCCGCAAGACCUGCCGUUUUAGUUUCGCAGCCAAACGCUCUCAGUGCCGGGUGUCUAGAGUUUAAUGCAGUUUCCUUUCCCUCCCGUACAGAGUGGCAAUGUGUAGCAAAGCGAUCUUAGCACUCCUGGUCUAUGGCAUAAUAAUGCACUGCAGCGUCUACUGCUCACCUGCGGCCGGACUUCAGUACCCGGCGCUCAGGCUGGAGGAUGAAGUCUACGACGAGGACGGGAACACCCUGCAGGACUUCGCCUACGACCAAGAGCCCCUCGGUAUAGGGAAUCCGUCCUCCAUGAUCGGCGAGAUGUACACCUUGUAUUACCCACCAGAAAAGAGGCACGCCGAUGGGAUCUUCAACAAAGCCUACAGGAAACUCCUGGGCCAGUUAUCUGCCAGGAAAUAUCUGCACUCCCUGAUGGCCAAGCGGGUCGGCGGUGCCAGCGGCGGCCUGGGGGACGAUGCGGAACCGCUGACCAAGCGGCACAUAGACGGCAUCUUCACGGACAGCUACAGCCGCUACCGGAAACAGAUGGCUGUCAAGAAAUACCUAGCAGCCGUCCUUGGGAAAAGGUAUAAACAAAGAGUUAAAAACAAAGGACGUCGAGUAGCGUAUUUGUAGCGAUGUGAGUAACCAGCCACUCCUGUGUAUACAAAGUCCUGAGAGAGAGAGAGAGAGAGAGAGAGAGAGAGAGAGAGAUAUAAACCCAACAACAACAACAACAAAAUCUAAACAAAAACAAAAGUCAUUUCCAAACUGACUGAACAAUCACCGCUCCUGUGUUAUCUAAACAUGUAUUUAUGUAUGAAGUAAAGCCAUUAAAUGAAUAUUUUGAUAAUAA